AUGGGAGGGAAAUGCUUCCUGGUUGAACAAGACAAGUCGCAAGUCGAAGGCCCCGCGUGUACCGACAACUUCCAGGUCGUCAAGUUCAUGUACGAUGGUCUGGAAUGGCACUCAGUCGAGCAGUGCUAUCAAGCUGCCAAGUACAUCACUGAUCGCAGGCUGUACAUCAGAGACAUGCUGCCCAAAGACGGCGAAUCGGAUGAAGCUUACGGACUCCGCAUGUGGGAUGAAGGACAAUGCUUCACUAGCCAGAUGAACCCGCAAUGGCUUGAUGUGAGGAUGCAUGUCAUGUAUCUUAUCAACCGCGCGAAGUACCAGCACAAUCCAAGUCUCCAGGAGGAGCUGCUUACAACUGGCGACAAGCUGAUCUGGGGUAAGCCAAGCACACACGAAUGGCAGAAGUGGAACGGCCUCAUCCAGAUGCGCAUCAGGGAGGAGAUCCAGAGCAAAGCUCUAGAUGGGCCGGCGCUAUCUCAGAGCGAGCUGAUGGUUGCUUUCCAACCCAACCUCGACAGGUACAUCAGCGCAAGGUUGCUUGAGGCGCGUGAAUGA